UCUCUCUCUCUCUCUCUCUCUCUCUCUCUCUCUCUCUCUCUCCUGGCUGUAUUUCAGAUGGGAUGUGUUGAAGCAUCAUAAUAUAACAAAGCUAUGUUCUAAUCACAGCACCAUACUGUACAACACACAUACAAAACUAAUGAAGACAUCAUUGUAGAGCAACAUGCUUAGUAUUUGUGUAUGCACAGUCUAUGGUCUGUUAAAGAUAACAUAGCAUCCAAGUAGAGACAGAUUGGAGGAACCUUUUAGUGUUCCUCCCUUCAAACGCUCUGGUUUAUAAUUGACCCAGCCACCCAUAUGAGUGUGGAUUACGCUGUUGACACAAUCAAGCCCACAAUCUAAACAGACACUUCAUUUGGACUGGAUGUGCCCUGGCUUUGCACAAAUCAUUUAUUUAAAUGGGCUGGGCUAAGACAGGGGGGAAAGGGGGGAAAGAGAAGGGAAUGAUGCGAUUAUGCACGCCGCCACAUCUCCCUCUAGACCAUGUCUGUCUGGGGUGAAAGAGAGGAUAACAUCCAUCUCAGUGUGAGAGAGAAAUAGGAGUUUGUCUUAUGAAGCUGACUUCUAUCCCUCUCUUUUUCUCUUUCUCUUAAAUUCCCUUUCCAUUUUCUCCUUUAAUUGCUUCUCUCUCUCUCUCUAUCCUCUCUCUCUCUCUCUCUCUCUCUCUCUCUCUCUCUCUCUCUCUCUCUCUCUUCUCUCUCUUCUCUCUCUCUCUUCUCUCUCUCUCCACAGUGUUCACCCCGAAGGUGAUGGGUGUGGCGAUAGCCCGCUAUGACUUCAGCUCCAGGGACACCAGAGAGCUGUCUCUACAGGAGGGAGACGUAGUCAAGAUCUACACCAAGUCAGGAGCCAAUGGCUGGUGGAGGGGAGAGGUCAGCGGCAGGGUGAGUGGCCCCUCCAGACGCCAAUCAAUCACUCCAUCCACAUCCAAUCACCUAUCUGUUAUCCUCAUGGGGAGGCGGGGAGAGAGAGUCACGUACAAAACAAACAAAUAAACACACAAACAUACAGUGCAUGCCAUAUAUACAUACCAACAUGGUAUAGAUGCCUCUCUCAUGGUUAGGUCUGUGUCCCUGUUUGAUAUUGCCUAUGAACAGGUCCUAUUCAAAUGCAUGAUGUAUAUAUGUUUUUGUUUGAGUCUGCAGUUAUGUGUAUGUCUAACUUUGAGUGUAUGUGAGUGACUCCCCACUGGGCAAAAACUGGUUGAAUCAACGUUGUUUCCACGUCAUUUCAAUCCCAAAAAAUCUAUGUGAUGACGUUGAAUCAAUGUGGAAAAUUAAUUGGAUUUGCUAAAAGGGCAUUUAGUCUUUUUUUCACCCAACUUUUAAUGACAUGGUAAAAAUGUAUUUAUUGGUUUCACGUUGAAUUCACAUAAAUUGACAACUCAACCAAAUUGAAAUCAAAACUAGACGUUGAACUAAUAAUGUGUGUGAGUGUGUUUGUGCGAGCUGCUGUGUAGACUGAGAUCUGUUCCCUGUUAUUGAGCCUUGGUGUCUGUCUGUUGACUCUGCUCUAGUGAUCACUAAACAGUGGUCUGUAGCAGAGCACUGCACUGCUGCCCCUCUUUAGAGUGGAAGAGAUGGGCCGGUGCUAGCUAGUAAUGCAAUACUCUAAAUGCCAUUGUGGUUGUGGGAAUAGAGCUUCUCUCUCUAGUGAAUCAGAUAAUAGGAGGAAGUAGGCUAGUGAAGGACUGCUGCUGAAUACUAUUAUCCCUGCACAGCUAUAGCCUUCACAGACACUAAGCUAACAUGCUAACUAGUUUCAGCUAACUGGUUAGCUAGUUAACUGGCUAAAAUGCUAACAAGCUAACUGGUUAACUGGCUAAUAGGCUAAUCACUCUGCCGGAUACCUAUUGAAAAGUAUCACCAUCAUAAUCCUCUCCCCCCUCUGUUCAGAUUUUCCACUCAGGUGUCGUCUUGAAGGCUAUUGGUGGGGGGGUGUAACAACAGUCCACACACACCCCUAUAUUUUUUUACAUAAUUGUUCUUAUUUUUAUUGCAGGUGGGCUGGUUUCCAUCUACCUAUGUGGAGGAAGGAGAGGAGUGA